CCGUCCGGUGCCAUUGACAAGCAGUUCACUCUUGACCGUGGAAACGCUCGCUUGCCAGAGCUCACCGACAGAGAAACCCCUGCCAAACGCGCCCUCCAGUAAGGUGCCCUGUGUCCUGCAAAGCUCGUGCGUGUGUGUCUAAGUGUGUGUGCGUGAAAGGUGAAGUUAGUACAGCUUGCGAAGGGAGGCGUAAUAGGAGGCGGCCGCGUGGUGAAAAGUAAUCGAAAAGCACCGAUAAUCGGUAGCAUCCUGUGCCGAGCAUCCGGGAGCACCGGGAAGAGGAAUCAGUUUGCGGCCUCUGCUGCUACUGCCUGGAACGUCGUCGGAAUCGUGUGGCUAGAUUGCUAGCAGGUUGCGGGUUAGCGUGUGUGCCAAACCACGUGCGAGCGUGUCUAUUUCCUGUUCUGUGUGUGUGUGUGUCUGAUGCGUGAAAGUGUGGUGGAUGAAUUUCAGUUCCCCAAAAAGUGUUAAGAGCAGCAAAUCUAAUUCCAGUGAUUUCCACCUUCUGCAGUGUGACCUUGCAAACCUUUGCUGUAAACGGGUUUAACGAAUCGCAACCGUAGACGGGCCCAUUUGCUUGCUAAAAACGCUCAACGGGACUUCCAGCGGCCAGUAUCGUUUGGCGUGACUUGGAAGAAGCUUUCUUACACUGAACCCAAGCAGCACCAUUUUCAACAUGAAAUCUCCUGCCCUGUGGAUGGCCAUCGGUGCGAUUCUACUCCUCGGCGGAAGUGUGAACGCAUGGGGCGGGCUAUUCAAUAGGUUCUCACCGGAAAUGCUAGCAAACAUGGGCUACGGCAGUCAUGGAGGAUCCUACCGGCCACAAUCAUUCCUACAGAACGAAAUCCUGGACGAAGAGCAGCAAAGCCCACGCUACGAGCCGGAUCCGUGCUAUCCCCGGGCGUGCUCCGCCAACGAGUACUGCUGUCCCGGAUUUAUCUGUGUAGCCGUGGACGAUGUUUCGCCAAUUUCAGUCAGGGGAAUGUGCAUGCCACUGUACGGACGGAAGUAUGGCGAGCUGUGCCGGCACGAUUCGGACUGCGAGUCGGGGCUGGUGUGCGACAUUUCCGCGCUGAGCGGUGCCAGCGUUUGCCGGCCGCCAACCAUCGUGGCCAAGCAGUACGGCGAAGAUUGCAUCACGUCCAGUGACUGUGAUAUUACGCGCGGACUAUGCUGUCAGGUGCAGAGAAGACAUCGACAAGUGCCUCGUAAGGUAUGCUCGUACUUCAAAGAUCCUCUGCUCUGCGUUGGAACGGUUGCUGCCGAUCAGGUAAAACACCAGAUCGAGCAUACUGCAGGUGAGAAGCGCAUCAUCUACAACAAGCACUAAACCAGUGGGAUGUCACGCAAAACGGCAGCAGCACCCAACAACCAUGCAAAAAACGAAACAUCGUAAAUCAAACCGAACAUUCCGAAUCGUGAGACAAAUUAUGGCCCUUUAAUCCUGGACAGCCUGGACAGCACAAACGCUGGAAGCGUGUAAAAAAACACACAUUUUUACUCAACUCUUAUAUGAAGUUUGUUCAUUUACCUUGCCCCGACAGAAAAAAACCCGUAGCGCCAAAAGGAAGAAAACUAAACUCAGAAAAGAGGAAAAAAAACUACGAGAGCAAUCAAAAUUAAGUGGAAAGCGAAACAUGGGUUCGUUGCAAACUGAAUGUGAAAUUCUCAGUUAUAUUCAAACAUUCAAAACAGUUAAUAGAAAAUAAUCCCACAACAGUGGGAAAUAGCAGAGCAAAAAUACCGAAGCAAAAAUCAUACCCAGCAGAACCAGCCAGUGCAUUCAAGCGAGAGAACAAAAUAACCUAUCGGAACGAAUACAUAUCAAACACUUAUCUUUAGACAUGAAGCAGAAACAGAAAAUUGUCAAUUAGGUUCGUUAGUUCCGUUAUCAUUGAAAGUAAUCCAACCAGUUUCCGUUCUCAGCUAGAUACAAUGCAAUAGUCUUAAAGUCUUGCGAAUGUGUGUAGAAGCUGUGUAUGGAUCACAGUAGAACCCGCCACAGUGGUAGAAAGGGAAACCGAAGGUAUUAUUUUCAUACAAACGCACCACGGAGACGCGUGAAUUAAAUGUUCCCCCCAAGAGAAUGGUUCACCUUUUCCUCUUAAACAUGCUUAAACGUUCCACUGUGAUUGACGCCACGUGUACAGUCCCAAAAACGGUAUGAACACUAAUGUAAACCGCACAGCAUUUAUGCAAAACGAAGCAACAACGUCUUGUUCUCUACUCGAUAUUUCGCUACAAAUUUUUAACAUAUGCGUGUGUGUGUGUUUUUUACAGCUAUGUGUCGUUUUUAAACACGUUCGUCCCCAUUUUCUCCAGUUUUCAUCUUUUAGGCUUGUGUAUGAUAGCUGCGUGUAGCGAGCGGACGAGAGUGUGUGUGCAAAGGGUUGGUGAACGCCGGGAUAGGCUUGCUUAAAACUGUUUUCGUCCAUUAUGCGGCACAUCCAAUUACACAUUAUUAACAAGGAAAAAAAGGAGAAAAAAAAAUCACAAACACUCCCAAACACACACAAACACACACAUAAUAUUGAUUGAAAACAAUACAAUAAAAUACCCUUGCUGAUAUAAUCGGUUCUUAUGCAAUGAAUACAUAUCGUUAUACAUGAAUAUAUAAAUAUACUUAUAUAUAUAUACAGAUACAUAUAUAUAUACAGAUAUACUAACGUUGCGAUCAUUAGAGCCGCAGCAGAAGAAAGAGGAAACUAUUGAAAGGAAGAAAGAAAGAAGAGAAAGAGAAGAGAGAGAAAAACAUAAAACAAAUCAAUUCCAAAGUUGCAAACAAUCCACUCUAGGGUAAGGAAAGCAAAAGGAAGGGAGUGAAAGUAUCGGUAUCGUUAAGCUAUGGAGGAAACAAAAAGAGAAAACUAAUUAAACCCCAAAAAAUCCAACAACAACAACCAAAAAAAGAACAAAACCAAACAAAAAUCUUAAAAGGUAAAGGAAACAAAACCUUUACGUAAAUUCAUACUGGCUGAGGCAUUUUGAACUUUUAAUCUUCUACACACAUACACACAAGCUAGCACACAAGUACAGAAGUACAGACUUUAAAAUAUAAAGUUUUCACCCAAGUAAUUAUUCAGUGUGUGUGUGUCUGUUGAACGAAAUUGCAGAUGCGAAGAAGUUAUGGUCGAAAAGAAGAUAUUCUCUGGAAAAGAUGGACGAUGCAAGCUGUUAGUAAUAUGUGUGUUAAUAUCUCCACUAUGAGUCGCAUCAACGGUGCAGGAAAAGGAUUCUGGUGAAACAUUUCCCAUCGUUUCAAGUUUUCUGCUAAAACGCUAGAGAACCCAACAAUCCCCACUAUAGUGUGUCUGUCUGUCUGUUCUUGUUGGAUGCUCUCUCAUAAGGCGAACGCAAUUGCCAGCUACCGCCAGAACCGUUUGAAAUGGCAGUUUCGUUUCAGACCCGAUCAACCCGAGCCGUUGAUGUGUGGCGAACACAUGUGUCUGGAUGAAACAUCUUUUCCAACUGCACAGCAG